UACGUUCCCAGGGGGGUCCUGGUGGACUUGGAGCCAGGAACAAUGGACAGCAUUAGAUCUGGGCCCUUCGGACAAAUUCACAGACCGGACAACUUUAUCUUUGGGCAGUCGGGAGCUGGCAAUAACUGGGCCAAAGGUCACUACACGGAAGGGGCGGAGCUGGUGGAUUCGGUGCUAGACGUGGCCAGGAAAGAGGCGGAAUCCUGCGACUGCUUACAGGGUUUUCAGCUGGUGCAGUCCCUGGGCGGUGGUAGCGGUUCAGGACUGGGCACAUUGAUCAUCAGCAAAGUGAGGGAGGAAUACCCGGACAGAAUCAUGACGACCUACUCUAUAGUACCCUCCCCAAAAGUAUCCGACGUGGUCGUGGAACCCUACAACGCCACGCUGUCCAUCCACCAGCUGGUGGAAAACACAGAUAUGACAUACAUCAUCGACAACGAGGCUCUCUACGACAUCUGUUUCAGGUUUGUUUCGUUGUGUCAAAGUUGCCUUAAUUCAUCAAAGCAUAAAAAUGGUCCCUUUUCCACUCAUUGGUUUUCGUUUAGGACUCUAAAAUUGACGACACCGACGUACGGGGACUUGAACCACUUGAUUUCCGCCGCCAUGUCAGGCAUCACCACCUGUCUUCGAUUCCCCGGCCAGCUGAACUGUGACCUGAGGAAGAUGUGCGUCAACAUGGUGCCUUUCCCGCGCCUGCAUUUCUUCAUCCCUGGGUUCGCGCCCUUGACCUCCAGGGGUUCCCAGCAGUACCGGGCCAUCACCGUACCGGAACUGACGCAGCAGAUGUUUGACGCCAAGAACAUGAUGGCGGCCUGCGACCCGCGCCACGGGAGAUAUCUGACGGUCGCUUGUAUGUUUAGGUCAGUUUGUUGCCCCGAUUGUUGUCUCCGUGAAUGA